CUUUGUAGACGAGGUGCGUUUCGAAUCACUCUCUCCGUACUUGCGUGUUUCGAUCGUCUAUCCGGAUUGACUCGCCCAGGUAACGGUCACUCAAAAAUGUUUUGGGCCACCUUGUACAAAAGAAGAAAUGGCCGUCCUGGGAAAUCUUGGCAGAUGCCCGGAGAGGACGCUGCUCGUUGUUGGUCACGCUUGACGAGCCAAGAGCAACGAUGGUGGUGACCAAAACAAUGCAACACCAGCAGGGUGGCGACCAGGUGGUGCUACGGAAGGGCCCGUGGAUGCCAGAAGAGGACGAAGUGCUGCUUGAGUACGUUCGUCAAUACGGUCCCAGGGACUGGAGCUCCAUUCGCUCCAAGGGACUGUUGCCACGAACCGGGAAAUCGUGCAGGCUGCGCUGGGUGAACAAGCUCAAGCCCGACCUCAAGAGUGGGUGCAAGUUCUCUCCCGAGGAGGAGAAAAUGGUGGUGAAGAUGCAAUCCAAGCUUGGGAACAAGUGGGCUAAGAUCGCUUCGUAUCUCCCUGGACGCACGGACAACGACGUGAAGAACUUUUGGAGCACCAGGCAAAAGCGUCUGCUGAGAGCCUUGCAGCGUCCAAAGAUGGGGUCCGGCGCGGCCCCUGGAAGCUGUGAGGCCUCCGCGGCUUCGUCCUCGGACGCGAUUUACGAGACUACUGCUGCCAGUGAGCUGACAGCCUUCCAGGUUCCUGGAGCAACAGUGCCAACCAACUUUGAGACGGCAUUCUACUUUGGAGAAGACGAGCACCAUGCAGGCUUCGAGGGCGGGAAGAUGGAGCCAUCGGAGCUUCCAAGUUUCGAGAAUGGCGAUCUCAGCAUGGUGCCUAGCAUGGAGCACAUUGCAGCAGCUGGAGACCACCACUUCUUUCCGGAGUCAGGUUUCUACUUGCCCGAACAACAACGAGACGACAGUGACGAUGGUGCCAUCGCGGCCCCCGCUUGCUACCAGAGCUUCCAGGGAGGCUCCGGCGGAUCGUCGUCAAGGAUCUCCUCCAAGGCUGGAAGCCGACGCUCAAAAGUGAUCAAGCGUGAGCAAGCGCGGUAUGGUGUGGAAGAGAACGCGUCGGAAGAAGAGAGCUCCCAUCACGAUCAUCGCCAUCACGCCUUGCGCGGCAGCGGCGGUGGAGUUUUUGGCGUCAACUUCCUGGUGGAGCAGAGCAGCAUCGGCGAGGCCAGCAGUGAGUUUGAGUUUCUUCUCCAGCAGGAAAGCCAGCAGCAGUGCUUGCUCGUCCACCACCACGACGAAUUCCCGCUGCCAGGCUUGGGCGGCCAUCACGGCCACUGGGACAAGCUUCCGAGCCUGGACUACUCCGCCGAGGUGAAAGGUAACGCCACCACCGCCGCCGCCACCGCGAGCAUCGCCAUUAGCAGCAGUAGCAGCAGUAGCAACUCCAAGACGGUGGAAGAUUCAUGCAGCCCCGACAGUGUUCUUGCCACUGCUCUUCCAGGGGACGUUUUCGACUGCUUGGAGCCACUCUGCCCGGCAUCGUCCUCCGAGUGGUGGAUGACUAGAACAAGCUAGUUCCUUUGUGUUGUUCGUAAGAACUUAUCACCAUCUUUUUCUUUGUGAAAGUCAUUAUUU